AUGAGCCUCGUUUCUAAAUUUGAUUCCAUUCUUUCCAAAGCAAGGCCGACUAAUGCAUUUCUCAAAAAUCUUGUUCGAUUAUGCGGUGUGCCCCAGCCACAGAAUUCAACUAAACAAGCUUUAAUAAGCUCAUUAAAAUUGUUUGCUGUUGCACCACCUUCGAUCUCACCGGUUGUGACUAAAACUGCUGCAGAUGUUAAAAAUGACUACGGAUCGCAAAGGGGAAAAUCAAAUAAGCAUUCCAUAGUAUCCAUCGAUGUUGGCUUAAAGAACUUUUCUUUAUCAAGAUUUAGUGUCGGUUCAACCCCAGAUACGGGCCUUCCUGCGGUCCCCUCUCUUCUACAAUGGUUCAAAGUGAAUCUUCCUCAUUAUGCUGGCUAUAAUGAGUGUCCACAGUUGGACCCACAAAUAUAUUCUAAGAUGAUUGAUCAGGCCUUAAUGGAUCUUGUUCUUAUGCAGAAUGUUUCAAAUAAUAUAUCAAAUCCGGACAUAAUAAUUAUUGAGCGGCAGAGAUUUCGAAGUAAUGGGGGCAGAACAGUUCAGGAAAGUGUUAUCAAGAGUAAUAUCGUUGAAUUCAUGCUUUUUUCCGCGCUACAAACAUUGCAUAUGGUGCAACCAUCAUUCAACCCAUUGAUAGUGAGCUCAUCACCACGAACGAUGUCCUUAUAUUGGGAAAACUACUUUUUGGAUAGGAUAACUGAAGCAGAACGAGCUGGAGUGGAUGUCAAGGAUACAAAAGCUCUUAGAAUGAUAUUAGUUGACGACUGGCUUCAGUGUGCAUUUGGGUCUACAAUAUCAGGUAAAACGAAGCGUGAUGCCCUUUAUCCGCCUUUUGUAUUCAGCUCCGAGCUUACGGAAGGGUUCCAAAUGAUUGGAUCCGAUGGAAUCUCAAAACGUUUUAAGCGGUUUAAAAGUGUAUCCAGAAGGAUUUAUGAAAGUAUGAAAUUACUUAAUGAAGUCAAUAUCCCAAGAUAUCGACUUGAUCUAGAAGACGGUGGAGUGAAAAAAGGUGAUGAUGUCACAGAUUCUUUGCUGCAUGGAUUGGUGUAUUUGACAUUUGAGCGUAAUAAGGAGUUACUACGCCGAAAUAUCCGACAAGGAUUACUUUCUGUGUCUGAAGUCAACUGA